ACUGAGCGACCCCUCGGCCCCACCGCAACGGGGAGCCGCGUUUGAACGUCCCGCUGCAGCAGUUCCCAUAGGGCGGGGCGGGGCGGGGCGCCCCCUGGCGGCGUAAGGACGGGGCGAUGUGCUGCGGCGCAUGCGCACACUGUGACGGCGGGAUGGACGGGGCGCGCACGGGGCGCACGGCGCAGUUAGCGCGCAACGUGCUGGAGCGGGCACGGCGCCGGGGGGAGCGGGAGGAAGAAUCGGAACGGAUCGGAGCCGCGUUCAGCUCCGUCAUGAGUUGCAUGGCCAGAGCCACGAGGGAGUGCCAGAAGUACUACAGCCUGCUGCCAGCCCGCAGCUGCGGAGAGAACGAAGUGAAACACAUCUGCAGGUACCACGGCCGGCAAGCGGGAGAAGAAGAGCUGGAGUCCUCCUUAGAGCCGAAAAGUGCAGCCUCUGCAGCAUCCAGUCAAGCCAGAACUUGCCAGCAACAUACCAAGAAAGCUUCCAAAGACAUCUACAUUGAAGUCUCUCCUGGCAUUUAUUCUAUCACAGCAACCUCAGAGGACAUGGUGAAACAAACCCACGUGGUGGAUGUCAGUGCUGGACAAAGCAUUGAUUUAACUUUUGUGCUAUGACGUUGAUUGUUUGCUGGCAAUCAUGGGAAUAAAAUACUAGGAUUUUUUUUAAAGCAUAUAAUGAAUUAUGUUUAACUAUUUCUUAUUAGUAUUUUAAUACCAUUCUCUUCUUCGGGAGUCUAUUUUUAUUGCCUGUAUAUAUUUAUUUGCUAACCUAAUGCAAUUGUAUGCAACCCACUUUGUACACUGAUUUCAUAAAUAUUUGUACUUCGUGUCUCUUAAUUCCAAUCACACAACUGUGUAAUCUGAGGAUCUUAAACUUGAAAUAAUUAAAGAUACAAUCAGUGGAAUAAA